AUGGCUCUGCUUUUCCAAUCGGAUCUCGACCGCCCGGCCACCUGGGUCCCCGCACUGCGCAAGGCCCUUCCCGACCAUGACAUCCGCGUCUGGCCCGACCUCGGCGACCCGGCCGAGAUCGACUACGUGCUGGCCUGGAAGCCGCCGGCCGGGUUUCUCGCCAGCCUGCCCAACCUCAAGGCGGUCCUCUCGAUCGGCGCCGGCAUCGACCACCUGACCCGCGAUCCCGAUCUGCCGCGCCACCUGCCGCUGGUGCGCAUGGUCGAGCCGGGGUUGACCGCCGGCAUGACCGAGUUCGUGGUGAUGCAGACCCUGUUCCAUCACCGCCGCAUGCUGGACUACCGCGACCAGCAGGCGCGCAAGCUGUGGGAAGAGAAGCCGCCGGUCGCGCCCUGGCAGCGCCGGGUCGGCGUCAUGGGCCUGGGCGAGCUGGGCGCCGACGCCGCCACGCACCUGGCCCACCUGCGCUUCGACGUGGCCGGCUGGUCGCGUACGCGCCGCGCGCUGGAGGGGGUGCGCUGCUUCGCCGGGGCCGCGGAGCUGUCGGCCUUCCUGGCGCGCACCGACAUCCUGAUCUGCCUGCUGCCGCUGACCGAGGCGACCGAGUCGCUGCUCAACGCCGAGCUUUUUGCCCAGCUUCCCGAGGGUGCCUCGGUGAUCAACGUCGGCCGCGGCGAGCAUCUGGUCGAGGCCGACCUGCUGGCGGCGCUCGAGUCCGGCCGGCUCGACUCCGCCACGCUCGACGUCUUCCGCAGCGAGCCGCUGCCGGCGGACUCGCCCUUCUGGAGCCAUCCGCGCGUGGUGGUCACCCCGCACAUCGCCUCGAUGACCAUUCCCGAGACGGCCGCCGUCGCCGUGGCCAAGGCCAUCGCCACGCUGGAGGCCGGCGGCACCCCGCCCGGCCUGGUCGACCUCGGCCGGGGCUAUUGA